AUGAGCGGAACACAUUUUUACCUUACGCUUCCGAGCAAUGCGUCCCUGGACGUUUUUCCCGACAACAAAACGACCGAAUAUCGUGUAAAGUUACCGCAACCCAUUGAGUUGGAUGGCAAUUGGGAAGUCGGACUGUAUUCCAUUUCUUAUCCCCGCACUUGGUAUACUCUGCGGAAUGUUGUUGACGAUCUAUACUUUUAUUACAACGACGGUACCGGAAACAAUGGCGAGGGAUUUUUCCUUGUGGCAUUUGUCGAUUACGGGCACUAUGAAACUGUACAAGAACUUCUCAAAAACAUGAAUGCCUCUCUAAGGAAAAAAAUCGGCAGCGACAAAAUCAACUUAACGUACAGCACUCGAACAGGAAAGGUGACCGUCCAUUUGGGAGCCAACUGUAAGAUUGGUUUAUUUAAAAAAUUGUCCCUCAUCUUGGGAUUCGGUGGAAAAGAGGUAAAAAUUGACAAAACGGGCGAAAGUCCACACGUAGUCGAUUUGAAUAUCUUUUCGACGAUCUACACGUAUUGCAACAUCGUUCAACCGCAGAUCGUUGGAGAUACGAGUGCACAAUUACUUCGAAGCAUUCCCGUCGAAGGAAAGUAUGGCGAUAUCGUUACGAAAACGUUCACCAACAUACAAUACGUGCCUGUUCAAACGAAAUCUUUUGGAGACGUGAAAAUUCUUUUAAGGAACGACACGGGCGAUCCAGUGCCAUUCGAACGGGGGAAGGUGCUGACAACACUACAUUUCAGACAGCAUACAUACUUCACUUGAGGAAGAUGAAUAAUCCGUACGUACGUUAUUAUUUGGAUCAACAACAGGGGCGUGGCAUGCCCGUGUUCAGGGGCAGCCCCUGGCAAUCCGGAUACGGGCAACAGACAGGGUACGGCCUGGGGAGCCUGUUCCGUACUCUUGCAAGAAAAGCCAUGCCUCUGAUUAAAAGUGGAGCGAAAGCUCUUGGAAACAUUGCCCUGAAAAGCGGGACAGACUUUGUGGGCGAUGUCCUGGCAGGUAGAAACGUGAAAUCAGCAGCAAAAGCACGAACCAUACAGGCCGCCAACAUUGCAAAAAGAAAAGCUAUCGAUACACUAAAGAGUCAAACGGGGAGCGGAAAACGGAAGCGCUCAAGAAGUGUAAAGCGUUCAAGAAGUGCAAAGCGAACAGCUAAAAAGAGAAAGAUAUCUGCAGUCAGGCGCAGUCAGAGCAAGAAACGGAAAACAGUUAAAAAGAGAAAGGCAUCGACAUCUGCAGCCAGACGCAAACAGACCAAGAGACGGAAAACAGCUCAAGACAUAUUUGGUUAAGAUCAUGAAUCUCGUACAUUCCAAAUCGCAAGAAUGCACAAAAAGCGAACUCGAUCUAUUCUCUGUGCCCCCAACACAAAUCAGUUUAGAAAAAGGACAUUGGGUAGAUCAUCAACCCGUUUCCAGUGUAGCCGAUGGUGGUGUCAUUACGUUCCUGUCUCCGGGCACUGAAGAUUAUGUGGACCUUGCUAGAACGAUUCUUGUGGUGAGAGCGAAAGUGACAAAAGCCGAUGGUACGGAUCUCGGAGCAGCCGAAAAGGUAUGGUGUUUUUCAUAUUGAAUACGGCGUUUCCAAAUAUUAAUUUCCUUCUAAUCUGUUUAAGGUUGGAGUGGUGAACAAUUUCCUCCACAGCCUGUUCAAACAGGUGGAUGUCUUUUUGAAAGGGAAACAAGUCACUCAGGCUACCGGAACCUAUGCGUACCGUGCUUACUUGGAAACCCUUCUGAAUUACGGUCCCUCUGCAAAAGAUUCACAGCUCACUGCUGCGUUGUAUUACAAGGACACUGCAGGGAAAAUGGAUGUUGCGGAUCCUACCGCGGUCGGUGGUAAUGGCAACGCUGGACUCAGAGCAAGAUACGUUUUCAGCAAAGCAAGUGGAACUGUUGAAAUGACCGGUCCCAUAUUCAGCGACAUAUUCAUGUCCGAACGUCUCCUGCUGAGUUACGUAGAUCUGAAAGUUAUUUUGAAUCGAGGCAGCGACGAGUUCUGUUUGAUGGCCUCCGAAGAAGGAGCCGAUUAUCGGGUGAAACUCACCGAUGCUUAUCUCAAGAUACGUAAAGUGAAAGUCAACCCGAGCAUUUCCGUGGCUCAUGAAAUUGCGUUGAAAAAAGGACCGGCCAUCUAUCCUAUUCGUCGCAUCGAAUGCAAGAGCUUCAUCGUUCCAGCUGGAAAUCCCUCCCUAAGGAAAGAUAACCUUUUCAAUGGACUGGUGCCGAAAACAUUUGUCUUUGGAAUGGUCGAAAGCGAAGCGUUUAACGGUGCUAUGAAAAAGAAUCCAUACAAUUUUCAACAUUUCAAUGUGUCUUCCAUUGGAAUAACCGUCAACGGAGAAGAAAUGCCAUUUAAACCCUUGCAGCUUUCCUAUGGUGCUGCACCUAAAUACAUCGAAGCAUUCAGCACCCUGUUUUCUGGUACGGGGAAAAUGUAUCACAACACAGGAAACGAUAUAUCCCGAGAAGAAUUUCCCAAAGGUUACGCUGUGUACCCCUUUGACCUGACACCAGACAUGUGUGGAGCCUCUCCUCAUUUUAACGUGGUGCAGAAAGGAAAUCUAGCCAUUGAUAUCCAGUUCUCCACAGCGCCUGCAAACGCUGUGAGUCUCGUAUGUUACGGGGAGUUCGAGAAUACCGUUCACAUCGACUCUGAAAGAAACGUUGUCUACGAUUACUCGGGAUGA